AGAAAUGCUCUUGACAGUUUGUGACAGGUGCGCAAGUGGGUGCGUCACGGAAAAUUGUGUUUAUUGUGUUUUCUUCAUGUUUCCCUAAAAUUCCGUCCUGAGAAAUGUUUUAUUUUCGUGCCUUAGCCCUAAUUGUGACCACAUCAUUCCUUACUUCCACAUAUUGGUCUCCUGCUGAAGCUCAAUAUCAUCAUUUUUACGAUGAAAAUAAGAUGGAAAAGAUGAUUUGGUGCACAACCAGUCAAGAGGAACAAUUUAAAUGCCAAAAUUUCUCAAUGGCCCUUGAGAGGGAUUUUGCCCUGUUCGAGGAGGACUUCUUCAAUGUUUCCUGCCACCAAGCCUUUGACAAAGACGAAUGUAUUAUCCUAAUUGACCAAGACAAAGCCACAAUAACUUCCCUAGAUCCUGGUGAAGUCUUCCAAGCUGGCCGAUACAAUUCCCUAGUUCCCAUUCUCCAGGAAACCUACGAGGGCGGCUUCAAGAACUACUUUGCAGUAGCGGUAAUCAAAACCGGAACUCUUUCCGAUGUUUAUGCGAUUCGGGAUUUGCGCGGGAAGCAGGCCUGUUUCGCUGGCGUUGGUAGUCAGGCUGGAUGGACCAUUCCUAUUUAUCGGUUACUGACGGAAGGCGAUAUGGAGAUAGUUGAUUGCAACAACCAUGUUAAGUCCGCUAUUAACUUCUUUGGGAAAUCUUGUGCAGUUAAUGCCUUGGUCAAUAAAAAUAACCCAAUUGGAGACAAUUCGGACAAACUCUGCAAUCUGUGCACAGGGGUCGUUCCUGGAGGAAAAUGUACAGCUCAGGAUCCAUAUGCUGGUUUCGAAGGUGCAUUCAGAUGUCUUCUAGAGGCUGGAGAUGUAGCUUUCCUCAAGCAUACCACCGUGAAGGAGAUGGUCAGCAGCAGGGAGUUCAAGAGCUUAACAGAGGAUCGCUUUGAACUGCUGUGUCCAGACGGUCAGAAGCGUCCUUUGGGAGACUAUCGUCAAUGCAACUGGGGCCUUGUACCUGCAGACGCCGUUGUAGUAUCUUCAGCUAAAACAACAGAAGAACGAAAACACAUUGAACGUUUCCUGCUCAAAAGCGUCGAACUCUAUUCAACCAAACCUGUAGGUGACACCCAAUCAUCUCUUGAUUCAACUACGGAUCAAGGAAAUCGCUAUGAUUACGGAGGACGCAACACUAACUUCGGAAGUCCCUACAGCAACGAUCGUUUUGGUGGAUUUGGAGGAGCAGGAGGCGGCGGAUUUGGAGGAGCAGGUGGAAGAUACGAUCCCAACAGAGGCUAUGAUUCAAAUCGAGGAUUUGGAGGAUACGAUGACCCCUUCCGAACUACAACAACGACAACAACAACCACAAGACGUCCUUUCGGCUACUACGAUAAUCCCUUCGGUGUGAGGAAUCAAACGGACCAGGAUGACAACAACCAGACUCAAGUUUACGAAAGAUUUGAACUCUUUGAUUCGUCGAGGUACGGAACGAAACUAAAUCUGAUGUUUUCGGAUACAGCAAGGACAUUUGCCAGCAUCAAGGAAGUUGAUCAAAACUUUGCUGGAUACCUCGGAGAUAAUUUGGAGAUCAUUCUUGGAGUUAGGAUGUGUCCAGUUGGUAGAAUGACGCUUUGUGUGACUUCAGACGCCGAAAUGGAGAAGUGCGUGAAGAUGAGAACAGCUCUUAAGGCUCAACUUAUAAAACCCGAAAUGAUCUGUCACAAGGGACAUUCGCAUAUCAACUGUAUGCAAGCCAUUGCUUCGGGAUCAGCAGAUGUUGCUGUCCUCGAUGUUAGUGAUGUGUACACUGGAGGAUUGACGUACGAACUGGUUCCCUUCCUAUCGGAGGUCUACAAUCUUGGAGAGCCUGAAUACUACGUUGUAGCUAUUGCGAAAGAGGAUGAUCCGGAUACCGAGUUGACGUACUUGAAAGGCAAGUACACCUGCCAUGCUGGAAUAAAUACAGCCGCCGGAUGGGUCUAUCCUUUGGCUUACCUGAUUUCUAACGGCUGGAUCAGACCUUAUGGAUGCGAUAGCAUUCGGGCAGCUGCAGAAUACUUUUCGAAAUCCUGCGUUCCUGGUGCACUCAGUGCUGAAUACAACACCGGAAUCCCCUAUGAUAACAUGUGCGAUCUAUGUCAUGGCGUCAGUUACAGAUACUGCCGUCGGGAUGCUUCCGAAGACUACUACGGACACACUGGAGCCUUUAGGUGCCUCGUGGAAGGUGGAGGGCACGUGGCCUUCGCUAAGCAUACUACAGUCAGUGAAAAUACAGGCGGAAAAAGGCGAGAAUGGUGGGCUAGGAACACCCUCAAUGAUGACUUCCAACUUCUCUGUCCCGAUGGCACUCGGGGCCGUCUCAAUGACUACCAUCACUGCAAUCUGGGCAAAGUGAAGGCUAAUGCAGUAGUUACACGUGGUGGGAUUGGGUACAAUGAGACACAGAUCAAUGCCUACAUCAAUCUCUUCACGUACGCUCAGCAAUUCUACGGCAGGAAGGAACAAGAUGCUUUUAGUUUCAGCAUGUUCUACUCCUACCCGCCCUAUCAUGAUUUAAUCUUCCAAGAUGCUACGAGGCAACUGAAGGUGAUCAGUCCGGAAGAGAGGCGGUACGACAAGUACGUAGGGAAGGACUUUAUGCGUGCAAGAAGGAUCACGGACUGCCUGGCAGGUGGGAGUCAAGUGACGAUAAAUCGCAUGCUUAUUGCACUCAUCACCGCCUUCAGCAUCCUCUCAGGGAGGAUGUUCCUGCUAAAGUAGAUCUGAUAGAAGUACCAAGAUUAGAAUAGGCAAUAAGAAAGUUGCAUGAUGUACAUAAUAAGAUUUGUAUCUCUUGCAGCACCAAAUCCGUGAGAUGCUGCGAAAUGAAAUUUUAAAAUGUUUUAGGAACAUGAGAUAGUAUUCCGUCCGGAUUCCGUCCAUUUUUUUACGUAUUUUUUAUAAAACAGUGAAUCUCAGUAUAUUUUAUCAACGCACACCGAGCCAUUUUAGAAAAGCAGUAGAAUGUGUAAAAGAAUUGUUUUUUGUAAGAAAAAACUAAAUAAAAUUUAUUGUAAUUUCAGGGAAGAUCUAAUAAAGAUUUUUCGCGCGGAAA